AUGACAUUGGAAACAAAGAAAGAUAUCAUGAAUGAUUUCAUGGCCGGCACAGAAUCAGUUGGGAUCAUGGAAUGGCUGGAGAGUAUAGGAUUCUAUGAAGCUCCAGCAUCAAGAGCUCAUCAUGGGAAUUUUCCUGGAGCAUUAUUUGAUCAUUCUCUGCAG